AGCCGAGAGCUUCUGAUAGCUAGCUCCGGUGGCUCCAGCCUGCCUUGCCGGCCGUUUCUUAGGUGCUUCCUCACCGACGCGCGCGCCCAACAUGCGCAGGCUUGGCUCGGUGCUGCCGGACUCGGGCCCCGCGCCGCGGUCCCGCCCCCCCUCGGCCGCGGCGGCUCUGCCGGUGGGGCAGCGAGAAAAACCGACGAAUCCCGCGGAAGAGGAGGAGCUCCCGGAGCUGCCGAUGCUGAUGGGCCGCGUGUCCUUGGGCCUUCGGGAGCCGGAUCCGCAGGCACCAAAGCCCCGCGCCACGGAUGAGGACCUCUCGGUGUACCAGCAGGCGGCCCUGGCGGAGCGGGAGAGGAAGGCGGCCUGGAAGCGUUGGCUUCAGCAGGGCGGCGGCGCGAAGGACUUUGCCAAGUUGGCGGACCAGCUGGAGCCAGGCUGGCGAAUCAGCAAGCCGAUCCUGUGCUGCACGUGCAGGACCUGGUGCGCCUGUAAGGAGGACUCCCUGGAUGUGCGCUCCAGCAAGUCCCCUUUCGUCCUGGAGGUGGGCAGUGAUGCGAAGCCAUCCGAAAGGCCGGCCUAGAGACUUCUGGCACUACAGGUGCGGACGGACUUGUCAAUCUCUGCCAGUUGGUGGAAUUGACAUCGCGUCGCUAAUUCAUGGUUCUUACGCUGUUUCUUCCAGCCCUAGCCCAAGAAAGUGUUGGGAGGGGCCGGAAGGGCAAGUUGGUUUUGCAUGCGAAAUCGCAAAGACCAAGAGUGUCGUUUUGCCCGUGGCGUUGGGAUGCUUGAGACGAGCCCAAGCGCCAAACAAAACCUUGCGAGCUGUCCUGUCCUGUUGGAAAGCUGUGAG